AUGUCUAUGUACAUGACUCCUCGGAAACAAAAGCCCCAGGCGGUCAACGUCUGCUGGCCCGUUCUAGAUCUGGACGAGAUCAUCACGAUUCUGGCAGGCUUCGAGCUCAACUUGUCGGAAGAUCAGCUCCUGAAACCAACCCAGCAGGUGGUGGAAACCAUCUACAUUCGACUGGUCUCCUCUCUACUGGGCUCAGAUCUCGAACGGGUGGCCGAGGCGUUCAGCCAGUGCGCAGCCCAAACGCAGAACGAGUCGAGUCUCUACGACGGCUUUGUGUUGUUGGCAGUGCAAAAGCCGAUUUUCCAACUGUUCCAGGACUGUGGCGUGCACGACUUCUCCAUGGACGACAUUCUGCAUCCGACCGCGAAGCGUCUCAGGCUACUUCUUUCGGCAUUCAUCAACUACGCUCGUUUCCGCGAGUGUCGAGAAGAAUGGGCGCUGUACAUGAAACAGUCCCUGGAGGAAGAGAAUGUCAGAAUGGAGACACGAACCCAGGAGAGAAGGCGAAAAAUGGAGCGUCUCAAACAGCUGAGACUUCUGGUGGCAGAAAACUCACUCGAAGACGAACUGGCCAGCAACGAAGACAAAAAGGCGCAACUCAACAAAUUGGCUGACAUGAACGUUGAGCUCGUGGAGGAGAAAAACAACUUCAAGAGCAGGCUAAGGGCCGUGGUUUCCCGCUUGGACCAGCAGCAAAAUCUCGUCAAUAGGUUGAACGGAGACAUUUUUGCGCUCAGCACCACCGUUUCGCAAGACCCAGUGGCCCUAAGAAGCCAUGCAGACGCCAUGCACCAGCAGGUGGCCCACAAAAAGCAUCUCUCCGACACGCUGAGUCAACGGGCUCAGAAGUUGGACAUCUCCAUCCAGUCUCUCAAACAGUUCAGAAUCGACAUGGACGCUCUCAAGGCUGCGUCUCAGAACCUCGACACGGAGAAAUCCAACCUCGAAGAGAUUCACGACCGGCAUCUUCGUCUCUCCCACCUCUAUGACCAGUCUUCGCUGGAACUGGAGAAUGGGAAUAGAGAUGCCCGGAGGUCGCAGCACGAAUGUGACCAGCUGGAACAGAAGAUCCAGACGGUGAAGCAUCAAAUGGAGAAGCUGAACCAAGCCGCAGAGACAAGAAUGGCUACCCUGAGAAGACAGCUGGGGGUCGAGUAUGGCGAGAAAGCCCUAGUGCUGCAAAACAUUGGCAUUGUCAACGAGGAUAUCGCUGCCAUUGGGGUUGCUUCAGCCGCCAUGAGAGAGGCGUAUAUGGUUGAUUACAAGAAUGCCACAGCCGAGGCUGAACGGGCUCAAGCAAAUCUGGCUAGUUAUGUGGCCAGGUUGAAAAAUGGGAUGCUUUGA